AUGCCCCCAGCUCUCUCCAUGACACAAACGACAGCAUCAAUCCUCCGUCUCCACGCAUCUCAAAAGUCUCCUCUGAAUCAAAAAUCUAACAAACCCUCCUUCCCCUUUCUGCGUCUUCCCUAUGAACUUCGAAUUAAAGUCUAUGCGUACCUGCUCCCUUACACGGAAACUAUGGCCCAUGCAGGAAGUCUCAUCUCCAUUCCUACAGGCACAUCUAAUGCCGCUUCCUCGGCCCACAAAAUCCAUCUCGCGGGGUUGCCGUCCGCGAAAUAUACAGCAAACACCACACUCUGGCAUCGAGGCAAUACUGCUCUACUAGCCGUGUGCAAGCAACUGCAUCACGAAUGCUCGGCUUUGCUAUACGGACAAAAUGUUUUCGUGCUGUGGGUAUCUUACGACACGAUACAAUUCCGCUUUCGGUGGGUGUUGGCGUCGGGGUUGGCGCCGAGUAAUGCGCUUGACUUUUUGCAGUUGGUCAAGAACCGCUAUUUGGGGUUGGUGAGGAGGCUGGUGGUUACGGUUGAUGUGGUGGAUGAGUAUACGGGCAUGAUAAAGUAUAAUGUCGGAGGCAGUGGGUUGGUGCAUGGAUUGAAGUUGCAAGUAGGCAAACUGGUCACAGCGUUCAAGGAUGCAGAGCAAGAAGAAGGAAUCAAGAGAUUGACGCUGAGGUUGCAGAAUGGGAAUGAGGGCGUNGCCCGAGGGGAAAAGCGAGGUGUUGGCAAGACUCGAGAAAGAGAAGUGAGGAGUAUUGAAGAGGUGCANGGGGUUCUCGAGCGGCUGAAACAACUUACUGGACUGAGAGAACUGGUCCUGUGCGGCGCCAUCACAGAUGCAUACAAGGCAGACCUAAAGAAGAGCAUGAUGAUAACACCUGGAUGA